AAAGAUAAAACAAAAGCUGAAAGGAAGAAACCAGAGGAAGGAGACGACCACCACAACGCAUCUCAGCUCUUCCUUAAUCCAUGGCAGACAAGGGCCGCCCGUUGCCAAAGUUUGGCGAAUGGGAUGUGAAUGACCCUUCAUCAGCUGAGGGAUUUACUGUUAUCUUUAACAAAGCUAGAAACGAGAAAAAGGGAGGUGGAAAAUCUGACUCACCAGGGAAAGAUGAACCUGGAUAUAAUAAAAAUGGGGAAGUUCUUGAGAAACCCGCCAAAAAAUGGUUUUGCUGUAUACGCGCAGAAUAAGUGGAGAGGUGUUUGCCUUGGAAGGUCGUUUAUCUAUAUCUAAAAUCAUACUGCAUCAAGAAGACUGGAGCUUGUCUGAGAAGCCAUGACAGUCACUUUUGGAUUCUGGUCAGAAAUGUUUUGAGUGGUGUGUUUAGUGACUCUGGUUGUUGUGCAAGGAUGGAUGUAUUUAGAUAACAACAAUGUCGUCGUUUCUAUGUAUUGGUGUGAUGGGUUGUAUUCUUCACUUGUGAGUUAAUGACAACUUAAUAUUGCUA